UGCUAGUCCCAGUACACCACAUGUCCAAUCACAAUCUCUCAUCACUCUCGCAGCUAGGUUCCCUCUAAAGUUCUAAACCCAUAGAAUUUUUUCGUAGAAUUCUGUGGCCAUUUGUGUGUUUUCUUUCUCCCUUUUCAUCAGUCAUUUUCCCAAGAAACAUGAGGCAUGUGGGUGUCAGCUGUGUUACGAGUUGGGAGUGUAGAAGAAAACUGAAAAAGACCAGCUGACUUUUCUUAUACUCUUUUUUAUAUAUUUUUUCUUGAAUCUGAGAAUAUUAUGGGGAUUUGUGAUGAUGAGUUUUUGUCUGCUUCGUAUUGGUUUUGCUGUUCAUUAAUUGAGCCAUCUGUAUAAAUGCCAGCCAAUGAGUUUCUUGGUUGGGCCCUGUUCUUCACCCGGCUCUACUGUUCAUUCUUCUUGUAAAUAGAUUCCAAUUCAAAUUUGGGGAAUCCCAGAAACCCUUUUGUGUUUCUGGGCUGUGUUUCUUUUUGUUGGUUGAUUCUUUUUUGUGAAAGGAAUUGAUUGAUGGGGUAUCAAGUGCAGUCAAUUUUAUGUGCAAUUUGCAUCCUGUGGUUGAAUUCUUUUGUGGGCAUUGGUUACUCUUUGUCUAAUUUAGAUCAGGAAAGAGAUAGGAUUACAUAUUUGCCUGGACAGCCUCAAAAUGUUGGAUUCAAUCAGUACUCAGGUUAUAUCACUGUGAAUCAGCAGUCUGGGAGGGCAUUGUUUUACUGGUUAACUGAGGCACCUGCAUAUAGAGGGCCUGAUUCAAGGCCACUUGUUUUGUGGCUUAAUGGUGGCCCUGGUUGCUCUUCCGUAGCUUAUGGAGCGGCCGAAGAGAUCGGCCCAUUUCGGAUUAAUUCCGAUGGGAAAACCCUUUACCUCAAUCCUUAUUCUUGGAACAAAUUGGCGAAUUUGCUUUUCCUAGAGUCGCCGGCUGGUGUUGGUUUUUCGUAUUCAAAUACUUCAUCGGAUUUGUAUACCGUAGGUGACCAGAGAACAGCUGAAGAUGCGUAUGCAUUUCUUGUCGGCUGGUUCGAGAGGUUUCCUCAGUACAAAUAUAGAGAUUUUUACAUUGCUGGAGAAAGUUAUGCAGGACAUUAUGUUCCUCAGCUAUCUCAAAUCAUAUACCAAAGAAACAAAGGAAUUCAGAAUCCAGUUAUUAAUUUCAAGGGAUUCAUGGUGGGGAAUGCUGUCACUGAUGAUUACCAUGAUUAUAUCGGCACAUUUGAGUAUUGGUGGACUCACGGUUUAAUUUCAGACUCAACUUACAAAAUUCUGCGUAGAACAUGUGACUUGGGGUCCUCUACUCAUCCUUCAAGUGAUUGCGUCAAAUCUCUUGAUCUCGCCGACAAGGAGAUGGGGAACAUUGAUCCCUACAGCAUUUAUACUCGUCCCUGCAAUAGCGCUUCUUCACUUAGACGUCGGUUAAGGGGUCACUAUCCAUGGAUGUCCAGGGCAUAUGACCCCUGCACUGAACGGUAUUCUGAAAUUUACUUCAAUCUCCCUGAAGUUCAAAAUGCAUUACAUGCCAACGUCACACGGAUUUCCUACCCAUGGCAAUCUUGCAGCGAUAUAGUUGGUAACUACUGGGCAGAUACUCCUCUAUCUGUGCUUCCUAUUUAUCAAGAACUGAUAGCUGCUGGACACAGGAUUUGGGUAUUUAGUGGAGAUACUGAUGCAGUUGUUCCCGUCACUGCAACUCGCUAUUCAAUCGAUGCUUUGAAGCUUCCAACCAUAACAAAGUGGUAUCCUUGGUACGAUAAUGGAAAGGUUGGUGGAUGGAGCCAAGUGUACAAAGGACUGACUCUGGUGACCGUUACUGGAGCUGGGCACGAGGUGCCUCUACAUCGCCCACGACAAGCGUUUAUUCUUUUCAGAUCAUUUUUGGAGAACAAGCCGAUGCCCAGCUGAAUCAUAUUUUCAAGACAAGUAGCUGAUUUCUUCGUGUUGAAAAGAAACGAAUAAUCGUACGUAUUUACUGUUCUUCUUUUUACUUAGCUCCAUAAUAUUAGGUUGAUUUGGAUUACUGAGAAGAAAGAUCAAAUAUGAGACUAUAGAUUUUUUUUUUUUUUUUUCUCUCGAAAGAAAUACGUCUGUAGUUCGAUUUGUUAACGAUGUGUAGAGUGGAAACACGACAUCUUGUACAAGAUUUCUUUUGUAGUAAAGUUGCAUUCUCUGCAACAUCUUCCCAAUUGUAUUUUGAGAGAUCAAAUUUUGCUUUAAUGAUGUGUUUUGGAGGGAGUCCUGCAA